CUUUAGGGAAAGUUUGAGUGUUGAACGGAGGGCAGGGCGCGUGCUCGCAGUGCGCAGUGAUUGUGUGGGUAAUAGCUGGGAGCUGUGCGGCUCCAGGAUCGAUGCGCGAGCGCUGCAUUGAGCGGCAGCAGCAGCGCAGCGGGAGAGUGGAAGAAUGCGCGAGGGGUGGAGUUGAGCUCUUUUACUUUACCAGAGAGAGAGAGAGAGAGAGAGAGAGAGAGAGGGAGAGAGAGAGAGAGCGAGCGAGAGCGCGACUCUCCGCGGACUUUCGCAGCAUUUAUUCUCCAGUACCGCGCGCUCUGAGCUGUUUGAGUUCCUCUCGAGCGCGUCCCGGUUCCUCCGGUUCUCCUCUGUUCUCCAGCACGCGCUCUGCUCCUCGUCUCGCGGGCUCCACGCGCUCUCACCUGGCUUUACCUCCAGGCGCUUAUCAAGCCCACCGCUCCCUCAGAAGAAGCAGCAGCAGGCGUCCACGCUGCCGUCCACGCGCCCAGUCAUGGAGGGAGAUGUUAUGGACAAGCUCGAGGACAUGGCCUCGGUGUGCGAGUUCGACCCCAUCACCGGAAACAUCCCCGCCACCAAAGUGGAGAUCACCGUGUCCUGCAGAGACCUGUUAGAUCGAGACACCUUCUCCAAGUCUGAUCCAUUGUGUAUCCUGUAUACUCAGGGAGUGGAGUCGAAGCAGUGGCGAGAGUUCGGCAGGACGGAAGUGAUUGACAACACGCUGAACCCGGACUUCGUGAGGAAGUACAUUCUGGACUAUUUCUUUGAGGAGAAGCAGAAUCUGCGUUUUGACAUAUAUGACAUUGACUCCAAAAGCCCAGAUCUGGCCAAACAUCCCUCCGAUUUCAACGAUUUCCUGGGUCAGACCUUCUGCACUCUGGGAGAGAUAGUGGGCUCUCCAGCCAGUCGUCUGGAAAAGCCUCUGGGGGGCAUCCCAGGCAAGAAAUGUGGCACCAUCAUUCUAGCAGCCGAGGAGCUGGGAAACUGCAGGGACUGUGUCACUAUGCAAUUCUGUGCCAACAAGCUGGACAAGAAAGACUUCUUUGGUCGCUCGGACCCUUUCAUGGUGUUCUACAGGAGUAAUGAGGACGGAACGUUCACUAUCUGCCACAAGACGGAGGUGGUGAAGAACACGCUGAACCCUGUGUGGAAACCCUUCAGCAUCCCUGUGAGAGCGCUCUGCAACGGCGACUACGACAGGUCAAUUAAGGUGGAGAUUUACGACUGGGACAGAGAUGGAAGUCACGACUUCAUUGGAGAAUUCACCACUAGCUAUAAGGAGCUAACCCGAACCCAGAGCCAGUUCAGUGUAUUUGAGGUGGUGAAUGCCAAAAAGAAGCUAAAGAAAAGGAGAUACAUCAACUCGGGAACUGUGACAUUGCUUUCAUUCUCGGUGGAGGCGGAGCACACUUUCCUUGACUACAUCAAGGCAGGCACUCAGAUCCAUUUCACCGUGGCCAUUGAUUUCACAGCUUCUAACGGGAACCCGUCUCAGUCGACGUCUCUGCACUAUAUGAACCCGUAUCAGAUGAACGCCUACGCCAUGGCUCUGAAGGCUGUCGGGGAGAUCAUUCAGGACUAUGACAGUGAUAAGAUGUUUCCUGCGCUGGGAUUCGGAGCCAAACUGCCCCCUGACGGCAGGGUGUCCCACGAGUUCCCUCUGAAUGGCAACGUGGAUAACCCGUACUGCAACGGCAUGGAGGGCAUUCUAGAUGCGUACCACCAGAGCCUUAAGACGGUUCAGCUUUAUGGACCUACAAACUUCGCCCCCGUCGUCAAUCACGUGGCCAGCUACGCAGCAGCAGUGCAGGACGGCUCUCAGUACUUCGUGCUCCUCAUCAUCACAGACGGAGUGAUAUCGGACAUGGCUCAGACCAAAGAGGCCAUCGUCAACGCAGCAAAGCUACCCAUGUCAAUCAUCAUUGUUGGAGUCGGACAAGCUGAAUUUGAUGCUAUGGUGGAGCUGGACGGUGAUGACAUCAGAAUAUCGUCCAGAGGGAAGCUGGCCGAAAGAGACAUUGUCCAGUUUGUGCCAUUCCGGGACUACAUGGACCGGACGGGGAACCACGUUCUGAGCAUGGCUCGUCUGGCCAAGGACGUCCUGGCGGAGAUCCCUGACCAGUUAAUCUUAUACAUGAAAUCCCGAGGCAUCAAACCCAACCAGUCUCCACCGGAGUGCAGCCCGGAGGCUGGCCUGAGCCCAACGUCCGCCAUAUGAGUUUACACAGGCCUGAUCCAGAGAGAACGACUCGGGCCGUGACUACAGGCUUCAGGCUUUCUUUCUCUCCGUCUGGAUUUGCCCUUUCUCUAACAAAUUCACUCCAGACUCCAGUGGGGUUUACUGGGUUGGAGACAGGCGAGGGCGGCCCUGAUUCCUCCCUUUGGGGAUUGUUUGAUAACCAGUCCUGCAGACUCCAGUUGAGUUAUCCCCAUUUGAUCCAGUGGUGACUUUUUAGGACAGCCGGUGAAUUCUGUUCACCUCGUACGCGGUCGGUAUAUAGCGCUUGUCUGCUUUGAAUAAGACUCGGCAGUUUUAUUCCUCAGAUUUGGACCUGGAUCUGUGCCACCGAAACACAGAGGCUUAUUACAGAUGUAUGUGUAAUAAGCCUCAUUCCUUUUUUUUCCUCCUUCUUUCCAUUUUUUUUUUGAUCUCACAUUAGAGUAGCAUAAGGGAGGGUUUGGAAAACAGUAAUGAUGAGUCUGGUGAGUCUCAGGCAGCAGCUGCAUGCCUAACAAACCAGUGGGAUUGGUAACGAACGACGAGGAAAAGGUGUAAUUAGAACAUUGAAAUGUCAAGGGAUUGGAUUGUAAUUGUACACUCUUAAAAGUUAAGGACCUAAAA